ACAGGAAAAAAAAUCGAGAAAAAUACAAACAAUACAGACAAAAGUAAGAAGCGCGUGAAGAAAAAGAUAAAAAAUUUUUUUUGUGUGUGCAGACGAACGCAACGCAAUAAUAUUUCAAAUAGCAGGUCAACGCAACUUACGCACACACGACGGCCAUGUCCAAUGACCGUGUGGACACGGGCAAAGAGGUGCCACCUACAGUGGCACAAGAACCAGAAUCAGAGCUGCCCACCAUGUCCAUGCCCACAAUGCCAGUGUCGAAGGGCAUUAUGAUAACGCCGCCACCGGUGAUGCCCCCAACGCCAACAUCGUCGCCAAAUACACACGGCGAGUGGCCCAAUCUGAAUCCAAAUGCGAACACAUUCCUGCUGAGCAGAGACAGAGUGGGGGAACGGGAACAUUUCGCCCUGCCGCAUCUACCGCCAUUACCGCUAAACGUUGACUAUCUGCCGAGCCUGAUACAUCCGAGCACACUGCCAUCGAGCAGUAAGAGCUUCAAGAUGCGUCCCCGCAUGAAGCGUCUGAUGUACUGCAGCUACAACAACAUAUUAACCGAGUCAAACAAUCGCAAAUUGCGUACCGCCGCUUCCACCUGCAAUAUUGAGCUGCUCAAUCGGAUUCUAGAGUCGGGCGGCAAUCCAAAUGCCGCCGACGAGUUCAAUCGCAGUCCGCUCCAUUUGGCCGCCUGUCGCGGCUACAUACCCAUUGUGCAGCAGCUGCUGAAAUACGGCGCUAAUCCGAAUGUGGUCGAUUCGCUGGGCAAUACGCCGCUCCACUUGGCGGUUAUAUCGGCCAGUUCCAAUAACUUCAAUGUGGUUGUGCGUGUCCUGUUGCAGGGCGGUGCCAGUGUCCAUAUGUACGAUCGCAGCGGCAAAUCGCCACUGGAGCUGGCGGAGGCGAAGUUGCGGCUGCUGCGCAAUCGCUACGAUCAUCCCACACCUGAAACAGCCACGAUUCUGGAGGAUAUGUGCAUGCUAACCACGCUCAUAUUACGCUACAUGGUCAAGCAGCAGCAGGAGCUAGAAGAUCUGUCGGCGCUGGAGAAGCGCCUGCAGAAUCUCAGCACCAGUGAUGAUCAGGAGCAGGUGGUCUCCCAGACGGCUGACGAGCUACUCGCCAGCGUCGAGCGUUUGUCCAUCAACAACAAGUAGAAGAAACCAGGCUCAAAUUCUGUUUCGAUCAGUUGGUUUAUUUUACGUUUCCUAAUUUGGCUGCCGUUGAGUUAGAGUUGGAUUUGUGUGACUAAACUCUGGAUGCGCACCGGAGCACAAAUACACAGCCAACGCUCACACACACACAAAUACACACACACAUUGUUUCAUGCGAUCUUUUUUAUUAAGUAUUUCAUAUAAGUUUUCAUUGUUUAUGCAAACAAACAACUCACACACACACACACACACACACAACCAGCAAACAAAUAUGUUUAAAUUUUAAGCUUUACGUUUAGCGCGCCAAAACAAAAUAAAAUUUAUGUAAUAAAGAUGCAAUUUGCGACUGCAACCACAAUUAAA